UCAGCACUUUCUUCAACCUCCGAAGGUACUUCGAGCUUAUGAUGAACGCCCAUGCCAAAAGGAUUUUAAUCAACAAGGAUAAUGCCUGAAGAUAUCGGGUGGCAGAUGCUGCUCAUUUUGAUACGCACCAGUCGAGGCUCCACAUAGUGGUUGCUUCUGGAACUCUCGCCAUGAAGGUACCAAAACAGGGUUCGUUUUUUGAAAGGGUUCUUCGUCCGCUCACGCCUCUGAACUCUUUCUCUUGUCCACAUACUCGAAGUCACCGACGUCCAUGUACUCCCUCAGACUAUCCAUCAGACUUGUUGCGUCCAACGCGUAAUUGCACAUGCACUUUAUUGCUCUUUCUUUUUCCACUUAUGCCAGAGAGUCGCAGAGAGUGGGUUCGAAUUUCGGAUCGGGGAAGUAUGGCAGGUGGUAUCGCUUCUUCGCCUCCGGAGGGGACAGUGCAAUUCAUUUCUGAUAUGAUUUCAAUUCCUCUAAGAAUGUCAAGCUCGAUUCCAAGUUCAAGGGAAAAGUCGUCCCCAGCUUCGCCCAGUCGUGGUGAGUAGGUGAAAAUCUAGGGCACUUUCAAUUCUAGGAAUAGCACCCCAUCAACACGUUCCCCAGCAAAUAAGGCUGGCUGUCUGUGCGCCUAUUCGUGUCCAAAGCCUAGACACGGACCGCGUA